AUCCCUCUUCUAGUCAUUCAUCACGGCCUAUAUCAAAAUUGUUACACAAAUUGCUAGAAGGACGAGGCUAAAGGGCAUACCAAUGGGUAUUCUUGAAAUUCCUUAAAUACUGGUCAGUGUCGUUGUUUUGACCCCACUUUCAAACCUAGCUAUACGCAUCUGCCAUGUCGAAUCAAUCCGCCGUCGAGUACCGCCAACUAGGGAAAUCAGGUCUUCGUGUGUCUGUACCAAUUCUUGGAGCCAUGAGUUUCGGUGACCCCAGAUGGCUCCCAUGGGUGCUUGAUGAAGCUAGCUCCAUCCCCAUUAUCAAAGCUGCUUGGGACCUCGGAAUCAAUACAUUCGACACAGCUAAUGUCUACUCUAAUGGCGAGUCGGAGCGUGUCGUUGCAAAAUUUAUUAAGGAGUAUAAAAUCCCUCGCCACCAGAUUGUCAUUGCUUCAAAAUGUUUUGGCCUCGUUGCCUUAGAUCCUAACAUCCAAACUGCUGCAGUACCUGGGUUAGGCGAUAAAAUCGAAUAUGUCAACCAGUCAGGGCUUUCCCGUGCGGCCAUCUUCAAUGCAGUUGAUGCAUCUCUAGCCCGCCUCGAGACCUCUUACAUCGAUCUCCUCCAGAUCCAUCGUUUUGACUCCAAGGUGCCUCCCGAAGAGAUCAUGAAAGCACUUCACGAUCUUGUUCAGAUCGGGAAGGUCCGUUAUAUCGGCGCAAGCUCCAUGCGCUGCUGGGAGUUUGCACUUCUCAACGAAGUUGCUGAGAAGAAUGGCUGGACAAAGUUCGUCAGUAUGCAGGACGAGUAUUCGUUACUAUACCGGGAAGAGGAGCGUGAAAUGUUGGCAUACUGCAAGUAUAACGGGAUUGGCGUGAUUCCUUGGGCACCUCUUGCAGCCGGUCUGCUAGCACGUCCAAUGGGAACAAAUACCACACGUGCUGUCUCCCGCCAGGGUACUGCUGCUGAGUUCAAGUACUCAGAAGCAGACAAGUCUAUUAUUAAUCGCGUGGAUGAAAUAGCAAAAACGAAAGGAUGGAAAAUGGGUCAAGUGGCGUUGACAUGGGUUGGCUUGAAAAUCACAAGCCCAAUCGUUGGUGUAAGCUCCCUCGAGAGGCUGAAAGAAAGUGUUGUUACUGGAUAUGAGUUGACACCUGAGGAAAUGAAGUACUUGGAAGAACCGUAUCAGCCCAAGCCGAUUCGUGGUCACGCCUAGUAUAUUGAAUGGGAAGCCCAUUGAAUUCGAUCUUACUGGGAUAUCAGAACAGCAGGAAGAAGACUCGUGGCUCUGGAGGUGCAUUUUUUUGGUGAUACUAGUCAUAUGAAAAGUACCGUCUUCAUGAUUGGUACAAUCUGUAAUAUAAUAAGGCAUCAUGAUCCUAGGACAGCGAAAUCAAAACUGGCCGCUUGUGUGUGAAUGUACAUCAAUAAUAAAGGUCUGCAAUGUUGCGCCGACAUGACCUUGACAGUACUAGUCGUUGUUGAUUGCUAGUACCACGUCCGAGUCUAGUCUCCCGUAGGCAGUACAAAAGAUUCAAAGGAAGAUAGUCGUUCCUUCUCAACAACAGUCC